AUGUCCGUUCCUUCAGUAUCUAUAGAAAAGGGUCUAGAUCCUGAGAGUCAGGAACAAGAUUAUGUUCAUACGAUUUAUAACGAAAUCGCUUCACAUUUCUCUCAAACAAGAUAUAAACCAUGGCCAAUAGUAGAAAAAUUUCUUAAAUCGAGACUAGAUUACUCUGUGGGUAUUGAUGUUGGAUGUGGUAAUGGGAAAUAUUUGGGCAUUAAUGAAAAGUUAUUUAUAAUAGGUACAGAUAGAUCAGAUGGCUUAAUUGAAUGUGCUCAAGGAAUUUCAAGUAACUAUAAUGUAGGAGUAGCUGAUGGUUUGAACUUGCCCCAUCCUGACAAUUCACUUGAUUUUGCGAUAUCUAUUGCCGUUAUACAUCACUUUGCUACGGAGGAAAGAAGAAUCGAAGCGAUUGCACAUAUACUUUCUAAGAUCAAAAGUGGUGGUGAGUUCUUAAUCUAUUGUUGGGCUCUUGAACAAGAGAAUUCUAGAAGAGGAUAUAAAGAAGGUGAUGAUCAAGAUAUUUUGAUACCUUGGGUACUAGCAAAGAAGCAAGAAAAGAAGCCAAAACAGCCACGAAGAAGAAAGCAACCUUCCAAUGAAGUAGUAGAGAAGGAUGAUCUAAAGCCAGAACUUAAUGUCAAUGAAACGCCUGAAAAUGAACCCGAGACAAAGUACAGAUACUAUCAUUUAUACAAAAAGGGAGAAUUAGUAGACAAUGCCCUCAGGACAAAACAGUGCACCAUAGUAGAAGAAGGUUAUGAAAAGGAUAACUGGUGGGUCAUAGUUAAAAAGAUUUAG